AUGACCAGGUCGUCCGACAACGUCAUGGGACGUGAACUGGGAAAACUCCUCAGAAAAUUGAAAAAUUAUCUAACGACCGACGUGAAACUCGUCGCACAGUUGUACAAAAUUGAAAAAAGGUGGCCAAAACUCAACAUGGUAUUACAGUUUUCCAAAGGGCAAAUAUGGGCAGCUGAUCCAAACAUUUACCGGUUCUAUACACCUUAUAGAUAUUUGAAAUACAUGUACUGGCGUGAUGGUCGGUAA